AGGGAGCACGGCUACAUUACCAACACACACAUACACACACUGGUUACAUUACACUGUGGAAGCGCAGCAAGAGCAGUGGGAAGUCGGUCCUCAGCGUUUUCCACUCUAUCUUCAUUUUUUUGAUUGUUUUAUGACUUUUGCUUUUAUCUCUCCUCAUCCGACCGGCUUUGAGGAUGUAUUUUUAAGCAUCACGGUGGCUUAUUGUGUCGCUUGUUUAGUGUUAAAACUGCGUAUUCCUUCAGUUAUCCAUCAGUUACCUUUUCACCCCCAGACGGUGUUUUGGUUUUAUAAGCUUACUUUUUCUUCUUCCACUUUGAAGGACGCGUGUGUUCUUAACUGGACCACCGAGGAAAUAUUUUUCUGACUUUUAUAAAUGCACUUUUUCCACGUUGGGGCAUUUUUAUAGGACCACGGAAUUUUGAGUUGACCUAAACAGACUGGUGAUGAGAUUUUAACUCGUGGUUCGUCUCCCUUUUUAUUUUUUCCUCAUGACAGUACGGCGUGCACCGGACUCUCAUUUUGACCCCGUACAUCUCCGUUUUUUGUGGUUCUGAGAUUAUUUUUUUAUGUCUUUUCUUUUUUUUUAGUUGAAGAGUAACGCUGAAGAAGGACGCUGACAGCAGCCACUCUCCUCCUGUUGCUUCACUGUGAAAACAGACCGGCAGCGUGUUUGCACGCCGCUUCCUCACCGAGUGACUCACGGCCGAGGCUUCGGUGGCGAAGAAGGGCACGUUUUCCCCAUUCGGUUUCGGUGGGGAGGGAGGGGGGGAUUUCAAGUGGGAGUUAACCUUCCCGUAGUUUCGGACAGUGGUGGCGCGUGUGUUGUCUUCAGUUAUAGCGGUGAAACGAACGCCCGAAUCAUUAAAAAAUGCCACAGUUAUCGGGCGGCGGUGGAGACCCAGAGCUCUGCGCCACAGAUGAAAUGAUCCCGUUCAAAGACGAAGGAGACCCGCAGAAGGAGCAGAUCUUCGCCGAGCUGAGCCACUCAGAAGAAGAGGGAGACUUAGCAGACAUCAAGUCAUCUCUGGUCAAUGAGUCGGAGAGUAGCCCAAACAGCAACAACCACGAAGCAGCUAGACAGUCCCAAAUACCACAAGAUUCAUAUCAUGAAAAACACAGAGACCAUACAGAAGAUGGAAAACAUCCAGACAUGUACAGUAAAGGCCACCCGUAUACGGGGUACCCAGGUUACAUCAUGAUGAGCAACAUGAACACUGACUCAUACAUGAACAAUGGCUCCCUCUCGCCGCCCAUGGCCAGAACGUCCAACAAAGUUCCCGUGGUGCAGCCGUCCCAUGCAGUCCACCCACUCACCCCUCUGAUCACAUACAGCGAUGAACACUUUGCUCCAGGCUCUCAUUCUGGCCAUCACCCCCAGGAUGCCAACAACAAACAAGGAAUGCCCAGACAUCAUCCAGGACCAGACAUAUCCAAUUUCUACUCUCUGUCUCCUGGAGGAGUGGGACAGAUCACACCACCACUGGGAUGGUUCUCUCACCACAUGGUGCCCGGCCCCCCUGGUCCCCACGCCACAGGGAUCCCCCACCCAGCCAUCGUCAACCCACAGAUUAAACAUGAGCCUCAACACGAAACUGACAUCAUGCACAUGAAACCCCAGCAUGAACAGAGAAAGGAGCAUGAGCCCAAGAAGCCACACAUCAAGAAGCCGCUAAACGCCUUCAUGCUGUACAUGAAAGAGAUGCGUGCGAAUGUGGUCGCCGAAUGCACCCUGAAGGAGAGUGCUGCCAUCAAUCAGAUCCUGGGACGAAGGUGGCAUGCUUUAUCUCGGGAAGAGCAAGCUAAGUAUUAUGAGUUAGCCCGCAAGGAACGGCAGCUCCACAUGCAGCUCUACCCAGGCUGGUCCGCUCGAGACAAUUAUGGAAAGAAGAAGAAGCGGAAGAGGGAGAAGAUGCAGGAAUCAACCUCAGGUACAGGCCAGAGAAUGAAAACGGCGUACAUCUGAGAAUAUGGAGGAAAACGGAACAGUUUCUCCACAUGCAAAGCAAAGGCAGCAGCUACGGGCCCUCUGCUUGAGAUGGAGGCCUGUUAGAUUCCAUGAAGACCCUUAAAAUCUCCAAACUGAAGCCUCCUGUUCUCAGCGGACCCUCCCCACCCCAGCCAACUUCCCACUUACCCCGUCUAACCGUUACUCCCUUGUCCUCCAAACAAUCAUACCUUACCACCAUCACAAAAAAAACACUUCCCUGUUUGACCCAGCUCCUUCCCCCAAAAAGGCACCUACUGUAAAGACACUGAACUGAACAAGACAAUCAUGAUUACUAGGAGCACCCUCACGCGACCUCGCCUAUCUCCACCCAGAAAACAUCAGUUCCAACAUCUGUGUUUCGUCAGUUUCCUUAAAAUAUCAGCUUUACUGCAAUCCCAGGCACUGCACUGAAAAACAGCAGCAAUUGUGAUGUGUGCACAGACUUCUUCCCUGCACUGCCCAAACACUCCCGACACCUGUCACUAAGUUAUUCUAAGUUAUUUGUCACCUGUUCCUUUUGUAUAGUCCACUAGGCUCAAAUUCACUCCCUCAACACUCCCCUACCCCUCCCCCCACCCCCUUUCUCUAUCUCUCACUGGAUUUUUAAGACCAUCUGGGGUUUCACCCGACCGACCAAACACCUCUUUUUUAGACUGCACUAAGGAAGAUGGAGGGAUCUCAUCUUGUCAAAGAAACGUCCUCAAGAUGCCAUUUUAAUUUGCUGUUGACCAAGUUGGUGCAAAAAAGUAUCAACGUUUUGAUUUGUGUUUAAUUUUAGACUGAAUUUUGUUUGAUUUCUUUUUUCUUUUUUUAAAUCUUGAACCCUUGUUUCAACUUCUUGGUGUAUAUUUUAGUGAUAUUUUGUUUUUCUUUUUUUAUAUAGUGGUAUAUAUGAAAAUAAGCUUUGGACACAGGAAAGCCAUUUUUCUUGUUGAAGCGUCUUGCAGAAAAUUGAAACUUAAGGCUUCUUUUGAUAACUAUUUGUAACAAAUAGUGACCUCGAGUCUUGCUCAGAUGUAAAAUAAUGCUCAGUAUGUGUACUUUUUAAAAAAAAAAAAAAAAAAAAAACUGUCAGGAUUUGUCAAUUUUCUUGGUAUUUUUGCAGGCUACAUUAGGACAAGGGCGAGAGUGACAGCUCAGAGGCCUAUAUUUUAUUGUUCUGAAACAUGACAAAUGAAGCAGAUAUAUAUAUUUACCCCAGCACUUGACAGUUUUUCUUUUCUUGCAAUGGACCUUUGUCUUUUCUCUCUGGUAGCUAAUAGUGUGGUCUUUAGCCAUGUUGUUUAUUCCAUGCAAACAUCUCUGUAACAUUUUGAUUUAAUGCUCUAUUUUAGUAUUACUUGAUGAAUUCCUUUUUUUUUAUUAUUAUUAUUAUCAUCAUAUUUUGGGUCACUGUCAUCUUGGUAUAGCAUUUUGCUUCCCAAGUGGUCAUAUUUGAAUUGUUUCAAUAUGUUUUUGUUUUUUUAAAGAAAAAUAAAAAGGCACCAUUGGCUCAUUUGAUUGCUUGUGUGGUGGAAAGACCAGAGCUAGAUGUGCCACAUGUAAAA